AUGAAGCAGUAUGUAAAGGGAAAACCUGACCCAGAAGGUUUGAAGUGUUUUGUCAUGGCAAACCCUAGUGGCAUACCCCUUGAUUUCUGUAUGUAUGAAGGAAAUGGGAAAGAAAUUCAGUCUGAAAAAGUGCCCCCUCCAGAGAAGUUAGAUGUAGGAGGCAAGGUAGUGGUGAAACUUACUGAUACAUCAACAGAGAAGUCGUCAAUUUAUGUUGACAGAUGUUUUACUUCUGUUCCCUUCCUCGACAAGUUACUGAGAGACAGGAACAUUACUGCCACUGGCACAAUAAUGUUGAGUCGCAUCGCCAGAAGUAUACGGUUUGAGGAAGAUGCAACAAUGAAAAAAACAAGAGGCAGCCAUGAUCAGGUGGUAAGGAAUGACGGGAACUUAGCAAUUAUCAAAUGGUUUGACAACCGAGCGAUUUAUUUGGCUUCAACAGAAGCAGGUGUUGAGCCAAUUGAAAAAUGCACUCGGUGGUCUAAAAAAGAGAAAAAGUACAUUACAGUUCCUCGCCCAUGUGUAGUAAAGGCAUACAAUAAUAACAUGGGAGGUGUUGACCUGUUAGAUAGGAUGGUGGGGAAGUAUGGCAUGAGAGCUUGGACCCACAAAAGGACCAACAGAGUGAUUGAUCACUUUAUUGAUUUUGCAGUUGCUGCUGCAUGA